AUUUUUCGGCCGAAAGCGGGCGAUUUGAAAGAUACAAAGAUACAUGUUUCGGCCGCGGACAAGGAAACAACAGAACUAUGUCGAAUUUUUCUCUGAAUUCAGAAAAGUCCGUUGAUAAAAUUGAUAAUUUCGAGAAAAAGAAAAUCACCUAAAACCGAUAUAAUUGAACAUCCCUAGCACUCGGUCGCGCGCGUAUCUGCUAUACGAAAAGAUAUUACCGAACCCCUCGAGCGGGAAUUAUUAAUAAAAAUUUAAAUAUAAACUGCCAAUUAAGGUUUUGAUUUGAAAUUUUGGAUUGAUAUCUGACGGUUUAGUGUGGUGAAAAGUUCAGCAAAUUUCGAAUUUCAACAGUCGGAGUAAUUGUUCCAUAGAUCAAAGGAUCCUAAAGCCCCGAUUUGUGUAAAAGGACUUUCGAUUCCGUGAACGGAAUAUCCAAAGUGAGUGCGAUACCAAGUGCCCGUAAAGAACUUUGCACAAAAAACAGCAACGGCACAACAACAAUCCCACCAACAACAGCCGGAGGAGCAUCAUCAUAGACAACGGUUGUCCCUCCCGCCCCGUCCCGUCUGUCGGUCUCUGUUUGUGCCACCCGACCGGGCUGCAUACAACCCAACAACUUCAGUCUACACUUGAUAUACAUAUAUACUACAGAUAUAUAUACAAAGUAUAUAUAUAAAACAAAAACGAUCGAUUCUCGUGUGCGCGUGUGCGAGUGUGUGAGUGCGUGUUGCAUAUAUUGAGCCGACGGUUCCGACGACUUUGCUAUAUAAUCGGGUGGUACGCACACAGAUUCAAAUACAGAUACAGAUACAAUACACCCAUCGCUGCCACAGAUACAGCUGCAGAUACAUAAAUAUAUAUGUAUGGGUGUAUGUAUCUAUCCAAAGUAGAAGAUAUAUAUGCGUAUAAGCUGAACGCGGCGCACUCUGCUCUGUUUUUUCUUUUAUAAUUACUUUUGGCUAAAAUUAGAAAACGUGUGUGUUGCGCCAAUGAUUUUGAGUGUGUGUGUGCGUGUGUGUCUGCCUCACUAGUACUAGUAUCUGUGUCUGGCUAUAUCGCUGGUACAUCAUCAUCAUCAUCACCACCACAGUCGUCGUCAGAGACGAUGUCUUCAGCGGCCGUGUGUGUGCCAGAAAACACUCGUCGCCAGUGAAUCAGACUACGACUAGCACUACGGCUACGGGCUAUAUAGUAGACAUCGGGCGAAGAUCGCGUAUACAGCCAGACAAACAUUAUCUAUCGUAUAUCGUGCGGCGGCGAGGAGUAUUACACUUACAACUCGGCAACGAAGACGCCGCAUAAACGACAAAACCGAUCCCCGAUCCGAUUCAAUACGAUUCGAAACGAUCCGUUCCCGAUUCGGCAGCCGAAGCCGAGGCCGAGGCCGAGACCGGGACGAGUCAAUCUUGCGCGCGUGAAAAACCUCGUGAGGGAAAAAUCAAACGCCACGCGACCUUACCUCUCUCACUCUCUCGUUCAAUUGGGGGGGCGUGCAACGGGGCGUGGCCGUGCGUCGACUCCAAAGCGCUCAAGUGAAACGUGUAGCUGAACCAACAACAACAAACACAAAACAACAAGAAGAAUUUUAAAGAAAUUUUUAUUUAUUCAAAAGAUAGUUUUGGCAAAGAUAAAAAAGAAUAAAAAACGCGACGGGCAAACAAAAUGAGUCACCAGCAACAUCAAAAGCAAAAUCAACAUUAUCUGUGGCAUACAACAGCAACAAAGUGUUAACAAAUUAAUGCUACAAAAAGUGAAAAUCAGAAACAGUCGAAAAAAACAUUCUUACCACCAAUUGCAUCUCUCGCCCGAGCAGUUUGUGUCUCUCUUGCUCCUGCUGUCGCUCAAAAUGCUACGAAAUUAUCGAAAGUAUUUGCAGGAUAAACGGAAAUACGACAAGGCACAACGCGGACGCAGCAGCAGCAGCAGCAGCAGUAGCAGCAGCAGCAACAUUUGUCACGAUUAAACGCGAGUCGAUAAGGAUAUUACCAGCAGGAGCGGAAUACCACAAGAAAAGGAGCGACACUCCAGAAGCAAUUGCAACGGAUAGAACUGAGCUUUUAGCCAGACGAGGAAGAUCCUUUCAGAUUUUGUACAUAAAAUCAGGGCAAUAGCAACAACAAUUUUGGAGGACGCCAUGUAUGCGCAACAUUUGCGCAAAUGGAGUCUAAAAACAAAAAAGCCACUAAUGCCAUUGAUAUUGCUAAUUAUCUACGUCAGCAACAUGCUGCUGCCGACGACAGCAGCAGCCACAGUGGCAUCCACACAGCAACAGUUGCAACAACAACAACUACAACCACAAAGAUUAUGGGAAGUCAGUGCAGAAGAAAGCAGCUACUAUAUACCACUGACUUUGGAUAAUGGCAGCGGGAGCAGUAGCACCAGCAUCAGCAGCAGUGAAAGCGCCAAGAUCACUGGCAGUACCAGGGGCAGAGGCAGUGGCGGUGGCAGUGGCAGCAGCAGCAGCCACCUUAGUAGCAGCAACAUCGACAACAAUAUCUUAAGUAGGCUGCUCAGCCGCACCAGCAAUAGUCUUAGUAGCCGUAGCAAUCUUAAGUUAAAGCCAGCAACAGUAUUCGACGCCGGCAGCAAUGCAGCUGUACAGCAACAGCAACAGCAACUGCACCUGCAACAAGAGCAACAGCAGCCACAGAAGCAACAGCAGCAAGUGCCACAUGUUGCUGCCGCCGUGUCAAUGCAGCAGUCAAUGCAAAAAGUUCCAAAUACUUUAAUAAAUAGUCAAAUAUAUAAUUUAUUAAACAGUGGCAGGCCCAGCGAGGCGGCGAGCAGUAAAAUGCGUCGCCACAUACCAACAACUCAAUUGCAACUACAGCCGCAGCAGCCCAAGUUGCAGCAACCCAGCUUACCGCGUCCAGUGAGCAAUUACAGUAGGCGAGCCACGCAAAGCUAUCUCAUCGAGUCCUACGAAGUACCAGACAGCGAGACUCUGGAUGAGGACAGUCCAGAGCAGGCGGCACGUAAUCGGCGCGACGGCAACCAGCGGCCACAUCGCUCCGGCCUUCGCCAGCAGCUGCAGCAGGACAAGCGGGAUCAUCGCCGCCAGCGUCAGCAUCAGCGACACGAGCAGAGACUGCGCCAGCACCAGCCCUCCCAGCAGCAGCAGCAACAGCGGAGGAAGCAUCCCCGGAAGCACAGGGGACGGCAGCGGGCCGGACGCUACUGCUCCGCCCGAGAUCCUGCCCAGCUGGCCUACUCAGCGCCCACCGUCUUCCAGGGCGUGUUCAUCUCCAUGUCGGCCGACCGGCGGGUCAACUUCUCGGCCACCAUGAAGGUGCUCAAGGUGUACAAGCAGCAGCGGGAUCUGCAGCUGCCCCAGCUGGUCCGGCUGCAGUUCGCUCUGCGCAACGCCAGCGGCGAGUGCGACAUCUACAGGGAGCGACUGGUGCCGCGCGGUGUACUCCGAUCCGGGAACGAUCUACAGCAGUCCUCGGAUAUAUCCUACAUGAUGUUUGUCCAGCAAACGAAUCCGGGCAACUUCACCAUCCUUGGCCAGCCCGUGCGGGUCACCCACUCGGUGAUGGAAUCGGUCAAAAUGGCUGUGAGUGAAAAUUAUGCACAGAACGCAUCGAUCACGUCGAUCACCUCGGUGCCGAACAACACGACCAUCGACCAUGGCCGGGAGCUGCGGAUCAUUUGCAAGGUGUCCGGCCAGCCACCGCCGAAGGUCACCUGGUUCAAGGAUGACAAGUCCAUCAAUCGCAAGCGCAACGUUUACCAAUUCAAGCAUCACAAAAGACGCUCCGAGCUGAUUGUGCGCUCCUUCAAUAGUUCCUCCGAUGCGGGCAAGUACGAGUGCCGUGCCAAGAACAAAGUCAGCAAGGCGAUCAUCAAGCGCCGCAUCAUGAUCAAUGCCUAUCCAGUUGCCUCUCGGCCGGACCAGACGCGCAGCUCGGGCACCCCCUGUCACUUUACCGACUUUUGCUUCCACGGCGGCACCUGCAUGCUGAUCCCGGAUCUGAACGAGUUCUACUGCAAUUGCGCGAAUGGAUACUUCGGCGAACGUUGCGAGAACAAUAGGCUCGAGAGUAGGUACAGCAAUAAUCCCCAAUCUUGCGAGAAUUAUCACGGAGGUUUUUACUGCUAAAAUAGGCACUUCUAUAGCAUCGAUUGUUUUAGAUCGAGUCACAUCGCGACAAAUCGAAACUGAACCGAAAAACAAACAAACAAACAAGAGAAUAAAAACAACUCAAAUAAAAUGAAUAAACAAAUUAAAUCAAAUCGAAAAGAACUCAGUGCCGAUACCAAAAUAAUUAAUAACUAAACAUAAUCUCCAAGUGUAUAGAAGCGAACCCAACGAAAUUACCCACACACAGCACAGCACAUUUCACCAUUAUCCGUCAUCCAUUGUCCCUUCAAAAGAAAAACAAUUUAAGAAAAACAGAAACAAGAAAGUGAAAUAAACCAAAUAUAGUGGAUAGAGCGACACUUAAACACACUCACACAGAAAGUACAAAUAAAGUAUGCGAAAUCGGAUCCGAAUCAUAGAACCACUAUCCCCGAAACCACACUCCACAAGUCCAACCUUCCCUUCCUACCUGCUACCCGCCCUGCUAUCAGUCAAGCUAAAAGUUUUAUUAGAGAACACAUUCCAAAAAGCAACAAAGUAAAGUCUUAAAAACGAAACGAAACAAUAAAUAACUAACAAAGUUGUUCAAAUAAAUAACAAAUAAAUACGAAUAAAAACAAAGGGUGCUAUAGAAGGUUUAUUUUAAAUAGUUUUUUAAAUAUAAUCUUAAUUUAAUAUCAAACUCACUCAUCACACACACCAACACACACACACAUACACACAAUCGAUUAAAAGUUAAAAACAGCAAAAACAAAACAAAAUUAUGAAGCAACACUCUGACAGACGGACAGACGAGCGGACGGACAUGAUGGAAAAUCGGACAGAUUGACGGACACUACAAAUACGAGGAUAGGAUAUCCCCAAUGCGAAAACAGAAACUUAUCGAAUCUUGUUCAAUACUCACACAAAAAACACACACUUAUACAAACAAAAUGAAUAUCAAGGAUGAAUAUCAAAUGAAUAAACAGAGGCUCUCUUAUGUUAGAUACACACACAAACACUCAACACAACACACAUAACAACAAAACAUACAUUUACCCUAUACAUAGAGGAACAUUUGCAACAAACGGCAACACACUCAUCCACAAAAAGCAAUGUACUGAAACAAA